AUCGGUAACAAAUAACAUGGCAACUGGCAAGGUGACAACAGAUAACAUGGCACCAGUUCACAUAGCUCCAGAUAACAUGGCAACUGGCAAGGUGACAACAGAUAACAUGGCAAUAGACAAUGAGCCAACUGAAAUAAAAGCAGAUUUAAUUGAUGUCAAGAAAAGUUCCAGCACUGUCAGUGAUGAAGCUGCACACAGCAAUGUGAUGGACAAACAGGGCCUAGAGGAAUGUGAUGUAAAGAUCAUUCCUGGGAAGAAACUAGCAGAGAGACCAAUGUUGGGUGUUAAACUGGAGAAAGAUGGAGGAGAAAAGAAUUGGCAAGGCCUAGUCUUAAAAACAGUGGAAACUGUACGCAGUCAUCAAGAUGGAGUCCCAGCUCUGGAGAAAGGUUUAAAUGGUGUGAAUCAAACUGAGGUUUCCAAGGACCUGUCGUUGGCUGUGGUGGCUCAAACAUCAGAGGUUGAAAGAAAAUCUGUUUCUGUAGAAUCACAUGUGAGUGUUCUGGACGAUGAGUUUGAAGAAGAAGUUAUUGUUAUUCGCAGACGAAGAGGACGGCCUAGAAAAGCACCAGCCUCCCCAGUGAUUGUCAAAAGAGAAAGUGUGAAUUCUAGGAUUGAUCUGGUUGAACCGGUCGAGGAGGCUAAAACUUCACCUGUCAAAGAUGUAAAACAGGAGAAGACUACAUCUGUAGUCAUGGUGGCACCAGAAGCCGGAUCUAGGGGUAAAAUGUGUUUGAGGAGAAGCCCAAGAGUUCUGCAGAGAAAAACAUCGACUCUGUGUAACAUACAAGGUUUUCCUGUGUCACAAGUGGCUGAAAGCCCUGUUCAACCUGAAUUGCAAGGAGAUGACCCAGUUGCAAAGCUGUUUGUCUCUGAUGGUCAGUCCACUGAAACCAGUGACGAUGACAAGUUGGUGAUAGCUGAGCCAUGUUCUACACCUACACAUCCAGCAAAGACUUCCACCAAGGGGGCUAAGUCUGCUGAGCUUUCUGUGAGCAAAGAUCAGAUUGGUAGACAUAAAUCCGUUGUGUCGACAGAGUCAUCUGACGACGAAUCCCAUUUGAUCAUUGACGCCCCUGAGCCAGUGGAAUCUGAAAAGUCUGUGACACGACGCCGGUCCUUGCGCAUCUCGGCUAUGAGUGCCGCAGAUUCGGCCGAUGCUGACACGGAAGCUGAUACACCUAAGCCACCACAAAAACGGGCCCGUAAAACAAGAGGUAAGAAGGCUGAAACAAAGGCUGUACCUCUGCCAACAGAAUCACCUCGUGUAAGGACAGAGCGCCGGCGCUCUGGACGACUGGCUGCCAAGGACAAGGUCAGCAUCAAGGUUGAACCCAGUGAUCAGGAAACUCAGAAGGAGACCAAUAGCAGACAAACACUGAAGCGACAGAAAGAUGACAGCGCCAAAGCUACCUCCCAUGAAACAGAGAGACAUGAUUUAGAAAUGGACAACCGGAAUGAUGUUGCUGCUGAUGUAGAGAGUAAAGUGGACCCAGGUGUAAUCACAGACGUAGCCUUGGCUACAGGUGGUCCAGGAAACAUCGACAAUUCUCUGUCACCAGAGAAGAUCGAGAGACAUUUGUCAGAGAUUGAGGAAAUUCAAGAGCCGAGUGACAUGAGUGAGGCAGACGCUGACAGCUUUCAUCCUCUCAUCAUACCACUGAGCCCCGUGUACACCAGCAAUGUUACCAUGGCGAUGACGGAUAUAUCCAUGCAGCCAGCUCAGCCAGAGCUAGGCAUCCAACAGAAACAUGGCGUGAAUGAUGAUACAGGCUCAGGAUUCACAAGUCCUAAGGCAAGAGUGCGAAGGUCAAGCUCCAGGAAGACCCUUGACCCACUGAAUACCAUCCUGAGCCUCCAAGACAAGAUGUUACACUCCACACCUGUCCACAACUUCUCUUCUUCUGCCUCUCCCAGUCACCCUACAGGCCCGUCUUGUCUUGCCCAGUCAGCACCUCACCUUUCAAACCAAUCCAGAUUUCCUCCCCACCAAUCCCAAGCUCCGCCUCAUAACUCCCAAGCUCAUCCCCAAUUCUCUCAAGCUCCAGCCCACCAGUUCCAAGCUCCACCCCAAGCUCCGGCCCACCAGUUCCAAGCUCCACCCCAAGCUCCAGCCCAUCAGUUCCAAGCUCCACCCCAAGCUCCGGCCCAAGCUCCAGCCCACCAGUUCCAAGCUCCGGCCCACCAGUUCCAAGCUCCACCCCAGCAGCCCCAAGCCCCUGCUGUGAAGGAAAACCCUUCAGACUAUCAACAACCCCAGGAUCCUCUGAACGUCACGUAUCACCUCUGGUCGUUUGGUGGUAGAAUGGUCCUUAUACGCUGCAGUUGUCAUGGUUAUCGCAGGGAUGGUAACCAGAGGAUGUCCUUCCUGACAAUAGCCACAAAGUUGGAAUAUCAGACAAACUACGGAAUGGAGCAGAUGACCAGUGGCGAGCUGGUCAGGAUUGGAUUAGCUGUUACAUCCGGCAGAACUGUCCAUUGAUUAGAGCCAGAGUUAAUGCGUUGACAUCAGAGCUGGUCAUGUUGGAAGAAGUGGAUGCCAUGAGGAUUAUACCACAAUGUCAAAGUCAUUU